GUACAUACUAUAUUUCCUUCUAGAGGUUACUAAACAAAAUGUAAAUGAAUACCUUCAUAUCCAUAAAUAUUCGAUGUUUAAUUAAAUUCCUCAUUGUUAACAAAAUAUACACUGAACUGAUAUCACUGCUAAUCGUGAUCAUUGAAUGGAGGUAAAGGUGUUGGUUACAAGUAUUUUUAUUAAGUAGACAUGGCUUUGGUUUUGAAGACGUUGUAUAAAGGUUACAAUUGGAUGUUUGAAGAAUUGGCAGAUCCCAGAGUUACACAUCUUAAUUUAUUAUGGAUGUCUUCACCCCUUAAACCAACAAUAAUCAUAACUAUUUACUUAUACUUUACAUAUAACUUAGGACCAAGAUUAAUGGCAAAUAGGAAACCAUUUGAACUUAAAUAUGUGAUGAUAAUGUACAAUGCAAUUCAGGUUUUAUUAAAUUCAUAUAUCGUGUACGAGGCAGGACAAGAGGUAUUUUUCAAUAUUAGUUGGGAUUGUGCACCGGUAGAUUAUUCCUUUGCCCCCAGAUCACUGUAUGUGCUUAAAUUGUAUCACAUCUUCUUCCUUAUUAAAGCAGCAGACUUAUUGGAUACGAUAUUUUUCGUCUUGCGCAAGAAAAACAGACAAAUAUCUUUUUUACAUGUUUAUCAUCAUUUUGGAAUGUUUAUCAUGCUGUGGGUGGCAGUCAAGUUUUUCGGAGGAGGAUCUGGUGUCUUCGUAGGAUUGAUAAAUGGAGCAGUACAUGCCAUUAUGUACACGUACUAUCUAUUGACUGCUAUUGAUGAAAAAUGGAAACAGAGCGUAACAUUUAAAAGGACCUUAACUCAAAUACAAAUCACUCAAUUUUUUCUCUUCAUUAUUAUAUAUGGAAGACUACUCUUCAAGGCUGACUGCACGUAUCCCAAAUUAUGCAGCUAUUUCUUCGUGCCUCAAAAUUGUUUCAUGCUGAUCCUCUUUGGAGAUUUCUACAGAAGAACGUAUUUGUCAAAGAAAAAGGGACCAAAGGAAGUUACUCAGAACGGGAAAAAUGUUUCAUUAUAAAAUAAUAGAUGUAUUUAGAAGACAGUUGAGGUAUCCACAAGGGAGGCUCUGUUUUAAAAGCAUUCUCUAGUAUUAAUUCAUCACUGUAUAAAAGAUUUUCUGAGAACAUUCUCAAAUAUUAUAUAUUUCGUAUUUGUAGUUAUUACUUGUGUGUCUAGAAUUGUACAGAAUGAAGUCCUUUUUAUCAUUUACUCUUGUGCUAUUAAAAUGUUUUAAGAAUGUACUGUCCGGUACCGAAAAACGUAAAUUUAAAUAAUAUAGUAAAAAAAACGAAGCUGGUAUAUCACGAACACAUAAUUUCUAUAAAAAUAAAAGUACACGUAAAUCGAAUAAGUAAUAUAAAACAAUUGCAAAAGUUAUUUGUAUAAAUAUUUGUUUUUCAAUUUUUGCAGCAAAAAAUUUACAAACAUAAUUAAUUUUUUGUCAUCACUAAUUCUUGAUCUAAAAAAUGAAAAUGUCUCAUCUUGACAGGAAAUACAAUUCUUUUAGUAUAGUAGUAAUAUAUUGUAUAGUUUUUCCAACACCAAAAUUGUUUAAAACGAAUUAUAAAGAAAAAAAGUUAUAAAAAAUUUCAUUUAUUAUGUAUGAUUUCUAUUUUAGU